UAGAAGAGCUUUAUUUUGAAAGAAACAUGGGUGUAAGUUAACAGUAAGCAGCCUGUAUGUCGGAGGAGGAGUCGUUCUCUUCAGGCACACCUAUUCUUCUAUAAAAACUCAACUUUCGAGCGAACGUUUACUUCAGUCAGGUCAGCCGGUUCAACAGGUUCAGCACCGAUCGUGUCAUUUCCUCCUUCAAACUCCUCAUCUUUAAGUGAUAAUGGCCCCAUCUCCAAAAUGCCAAGGAAAAGCAUGUCCUGCCCCCGGACCAGUCCCGGCAGGUCUUAUUCGCCUCUACAGCAUGAGAUUCUGUCCAUUUGCUGAGAGAGCAAGACUAGUGCUCACUGCCAAGGGAGUUAAACAUGAAAUCAUCAACAUCAAUUUGAAGGAUAAGCCUGAUUGGUUUCUGAUGAAGAAUCCUUCAGGGACAGUGCCUGUAUUGGAAACCUCAAGUGGUCAGGUGAUCUAUGAGUCACCAAUCACCUGCGAGUACCUGGAUGAGGCCUACCCCGAGAAGAAACUGCUCCCUUCUGACCCAUUUGAGAGGGCCCAACAGAGAAUGCUGCUGGAUCAUUAUUCAAAGGUGAUUCCAUACUUCUAUAAGAUCUCUAUGGGCAAGAAAAGAGGAGAGGACGUCUCGGCAGCAGAAGCUGAAUUUACUGAAAAAGUCGCCCAACUGAAUGAGUAUCUAGUGAAAAAGAAGACCAAAUAUUUUGGGGGAGAUUCAGUCACAAUGAUUGACUACUUGAUCUGGCCAUGGUUUGAGAGGGCAGAGAUGAUGAAAGUAAAGCAUUGUUUGGCCAACACUCCUGAGUUAAAGAAGUGGAUUGAAUGCAUGUUCGAGGAUCCAGUGGUCAAAGCCACCAUGUUCAAGACCGAGGAUCACAAAGUGUUCUUCGACACCUACAUGGAUGGAAAGCCUAAUUAUGACCAUGGUUUAUAGAGUAAAUCAGCAUACAUUCAUCUGUAUGGAUUUUGUUUGUUUGUUGUGUUUUAAAUCACAACUCUUUUCUUCGUCUAAGUGUUUUUAUACCAAAUUUCAUAGACCUUAAACUACAUGUAAAAAUGGCUGCAAUGGGUAUAUUACCAUAUCUGUCAUUCAUGCAUUAUUAUAAAUGAACAAAACAUACAAAAUAUAAACAUUUCUAUUUUGGGCAAGUCUUA